AUGGCCACCAACACCAACACCGCCGCGCUCGACGCACAGAACGCCAACACGUACCAGAAUGUCGACGCCUACCAGAACCCUAGUGUGAACUCCAACGUCAACCCCAACGCCAACCCUGCGACUACCCAGACGACCACCCAGACGACAACAACCAGCCAGGCGCCAGUGACGCACCCAACCUCGACGGCUGCCACGAGCACGAUCGGUGGCGGCGAUGCACCCACGACGCACAGCGGUGGCAUCGGCCAGCAGAUCAAGGGCGCUUUCGCCCAGGGACACGGCGUCGGAGAAGUCCUCCGUGGCAAGUUCAACUCGGCUGUGGACACCGCCGCCGGCGACCCGCAGGGCCAAGCCAAGAACAAGAACAUCACGACCGGCGGGGAGAGGGAGUUUGCGACCAAGGAUUUCGUGAGGAAGGGCACUUUGGAUAAGGCCUUGUAA